UUUUUUCUUUUCAAAAUAUUUGUAACUGAAUUCCAUUCACCUCCGUACUCUCGCUUCGGCCUCUGCGGGGUCAAAACGACGGCAGGCGAAGAUACACUGACGCGAACGCUAACUUUCACCGUCGGCUGCGGACGAGAGACCUACCUCGUCCACUCUUCUCUUCUCUUUGAUAUUAUUCUGAUAAAUUACUCAUUUCUGCUCUCUAGUCUCUAUCGUACGACGCACCGCUUCUGUCUUCACUUUCUGUUCAAAUAAUGGCAUCGCCAGCUUGGUUACCACAGGAAGUGAAGCCAUCCGUGUCUCAAUCCCCUGUAUCUGUUUCACCUGCUGGUGGCGCUUCAACACAGACUUCAGCUUCACUCGUUUCAAGUGUAGGCCCACAUACCUCUAAUAGCUCAGGUGGUUCUACAACUGAUUCAAUACAAGAACCUUUGCAGGCUAAAUUCUCCAAUGCACCAAGCUUUGCGGUUCCCGCACCUUCAUUCUCUUACGGUGUGCCUCCCAAUGCAAACAUCAGUUUUGGAGCCUCUCAGCAGUCAUCACCUGGUUCUGCAAUUCAGUCUAAUCCGCCUGCAUCUCCAAGGGUUCAGCCCCCAGUUCCUGGC